CAUAUACAUCGGAUUCUCCUAAAACCCAAUGUGGUAGAUACUUAAUAUUAUUUACAUUUCAUAUUAGAGACAGGGAAACUGGGGUUUAGAGAAAUCACCCAAUUCUGUCAGGAUCACAGGCUAGCAAAUGCAGAGCCAGAUUCAGAUGCCACUAAUCUGACUUCAGACUCUAGUGAAGGUCCCACUGAUGUUUGCUCAAUGAAAAACUGAACGAAUGAGGGAAUGAAUGAAUGGCUGUGUGCUCAACUGCCCACACCAGGAAGAAUUAAGCUUCUCUUUACCAGCCGGUUGGUUCUUAUCUUACAAAGCUCUAAAUGUGAGGUCGCUCAUCUCUUCUUGGCUCACUCUCAAGGCUAAAAACGGGGUCUGACUCCUACCGGCCACUGGACACCCUGCCUCUAGGGGAACCUCCAGUACCUUCUCGGCUGAGCCUCCCCACAGUCUCUGGUGGCCCAGGCUUCCGUCACCCACAGAGCCACCUUGGGCAGAGCCCACCCUGGCCACUUCCGGCCACCUGUCCCCCAGGGACAUGCGGAAGCUGACGGGGUCCCGGGGCUGCUGCGAUGCGGCUGUGUCCACGUGUCCACUUCGAAGACGCGGUGCCGCGUCCCGCUGGUACAGGCGCUGCCGAUGCUGGUGCCACCGCCACCGCCAGUGCUGGUGCCACUGCCACCGUGCAAGUGCCACCGACACUGCCAGCGCCGGGCUCACCGCCUCUGCUGCCGCUGCCGCCACGCAUCACUGGAACUGCGGCCCAAUCAGCACCUCGGGGGUGGGACACUGCUGGCACCGCAGCCGCUGCCUGAAACUGAAACUACCGCCAGCACUGUGGGGGCGGGGCAAGGGUGGGGGAUGGGAGCUUUCUGUCCCCAUUUGCUCAAGCCCACCCCCCCCCCUCCCCUGGCAGCCCCGGGCAAACGAGGGACGGACUGUUCCCUCGCCUCCGAACGAAGCUUCACCAGGGACUGUCUUGGGCUCUCCUGGGAGAGGACUUCUUGGCUCAAGCAAACAGGGCCCCGGAAAGCCCGGCCCACGUUCCCCAGCCGGCUCCAAACCCGGGGCGCAGCGCAGCCGCAGGGGGGGAGCCGCCUCUGCCCACCGCUUCCCCCGGCCCGUGGAGCGGGCGCCUUCGUCCCACACUGCGGAGGCCGAGAGACGCGCGUGGCCUCUCUCCGAAAAUGCCGCAGACCUCACGCAACACAUCUGCGAACUCACCUGCGAGUCUGCCCCGUUUUCCGUCCAGUCCUGUUUCUCAAAGAUACCACUCGUGUUACCUGAUUAAGCAAGCCAUAGCAUGAGCACAGGAUCCAGGAGAGAGGUUUUUGCCCUUGAACUGGCUAUUCCUGAACCUUCACCCAACUUUCCAGAUCCCACAGGUGCCUCUUAGAUCUAAUAGAGUUUUUGGUUUUGUGCUAAGGCUAUUCUCUGUGCUGGGUUAUUAGUCAUUCUUGUCCCUCUGCAUAACACAGAGCACCUUACAGGAGGCACAGUGGUCACCUGUGGCAGAGAAUGAGACCCAUGCUCGCCAGACUCAAGAAGGCUGAAUGAUGAAGAAAAGUGUUUGGACAAAGUAGGACUCGUCUCUACACCUGAGACAACGCAUAUUGAAAAAACUCAAAAAUGUUCUUCUACCUAGACAUCUCCUCCUCUGAUAACCAUCUGGCUUAAACGUAAUAUGACAGCGGGGGCAGAACCUGGAGAGCUUCAAGGUCUGUCUUUAGGAGGGUCCUCGUCCACGUACACGCUGUCUCACCCAUGCUACAAAGUGGGUUAACACAGGCUAUAAAAACUCACUAUCCAAAGUCAGAGAGGCUAUAAUGCAUGUAUAUUCCUUCCAACUGUGACUGGUUCUCUCUCUCCCUGCCUCUUAAUCUCUUUAUAUACAUAUAUAUAUGUAUAUAUACCUCAUUUAUAUAUACUACAUUCAUUUAUGUAUACAUACCUACAUAGACAUAUGUGUAUCUUGUGUAUAUAACUAUAUACGUAUGCAUAUGGAAUAUGUAUAGUGUACAUGCAUAUACGUAUAUAAAAGACACAUAUAAAGAGAAUAAGAGAGGCAGGGAGAGAGAAUAUGUGUGUAAACACACACACACACACACACACAAAUAUGUAGUGCAAUUCAAUUCCAUUAAAUUCAACCCACAUUUAGAGUCUUUGCCAUGCGCUGGUCGACACAAGACACUAGACACCGAGUCACAGAAGAGUGAAACCGACCUCCAGCAGCUCGCCAUCUAGAGGGAAGAUAAACUGAACCCACACACCGGCAUGGUGGCCACUUAGAAUGGGAGGCAGUGUGGCUUGGUGGUUUUAGAUCAAGGAUGGUUCAUAUGUGUGCAUGCAUCGUGCUGGCUGGGCGAGGGUCCCGCUCUACCACUGUCAAGCUCUGUGACCUUCAACAGGCAGUCUGAGCCCC